AUGUCUUUAGCUGAGAUUUGCAGAAGAGCAGAAAUUAAUUCGAGGCACAGGGACGUGUCAUUAAGUACUUCUUACAAUUCUUUUGAGGAAAGGAUACCUUUCGUGGAUGUUGGGCUACGUUCAUCGGAUGUGAUUAGGCCUUGUUACUACAUAUUACAGAUUCUCGGCAUGUGGAAGCCCUCCAACGUGAAAUUUGAAUUCGCCUGGCGGGUUUAUCGCGGAUUUGUGUUCUUUUUGUGGUUAGGAUCUCUUGCAGCUGUUAUGUGUUUGGAUUUUAUACAUUACGGCUUUAAAAAGGAAACGAUUCACAUGGGUGAAAUUAUGAAUAGUGUUCCAACAUGCCUCAAUUUGCUGUGUCCGUUCAUUUUCACCGUCUAUUAUUUUAACCGUGGCCAGUUUUUGGAGCUCGUUUACAGCGUACAAAAUGUCUCACAUGAAUGGCAGCAGAAGUUAAACCGUAUUGCUCGAUGGUAUACCUUAAUGUCUGCAUCUCUUUGGGCUCUUGGAGCCGUAUUUUUCAUAAUUCACUGGCUUCCUUUCUUCUCUGAAUUGUGGCACUAUGCAGUCUACAUAACCGUUGUUGUGUAUGCUACAGGCUGGUGGGCAACGUGGCUCAGUGUUUAUGGAUUUGUUUGCCAUGUUCACAGUUUACAAAUUGAUACUGUUAUAGAACAAAUGAAGUCUUGUGAAUUAAAACCAACAGCAAUUCUGAAAAAACACCAUCAAUUACAAACCUCACUGGAAACAACACAGGCAGAUUUCAAUAUAGUUAUUUCUUUUGCUUUAGCAUACCAUGUGGUAGAUGUGAUCACUUUUAGCUUUGCUUAUUUCAGUUCUUCAUUUGGUGAAAAUUAUAAACUCUGGCAAUAUGCAGGUGGUGUUCUUUUUGAUUUGGUGAGCAUUGUUGUCAAACUGUACCCCCCAUCGGUAGUUGCAGCCGCGGUCCAUCGCAUAGUUGUGCAAGCCUCAAAGCGAUGUCAGUUAAAGGUGACCUCCUGGACAACAGAUCUACCUGUUGAAGAUAUACAGUUAUUCCAGUAUAUGGCAUUAUGUGAGUCAGACAUGGGUCUUAAAAUCCUUGGAAUUCGUAUCACUGUAGAUCUGACAAUGAAGAUUCUUAUGACCCUUAUGACUGGUGCCGUAUCAUUUGUAGCAUUUGUUAUUCCAAAGCUUCAGUAA